GAAAUCUCCUGAAUGGCAAUAUUGAAGUAUAUCUAAUAUGAAUGCAUCAUUUUUUCUGGCCUUUUUAUUUACAUAUCUAUCAAUAUCAGGAAAGUCUGACGCUGAUUUCCGUAAAGAAAACCCAGCAAAUUCUUCCUCUCUACCCAUGUCUGUUUCGUGGUCGGAACCUAUGUGGAACCAAUUUAAUGCAUACCAAAAGACUGGUACCGGAAUACCUGCUCCACCAACGACUCACAGCACUCCUCAAACUUUACCAGCACUGCAACUCAGAGGACAAGGAGCACCAGUAGCUGAACCUGUAUCACUGCCUCGACGAUAUUCUGUGUGCCCUAUGCCUACAUGCAGCUUUCCAUCUAUUUGCGUUAAAGUAGCAGUUUAUGCGACUUGUGUUCCUCCUCCUAAUCCAUCAGCAUCCACCAACAAUUCAUGUUCCACACCUGGCCCAUGCCUAACAACAGUUACCAAGACAGCGACUGACACAAAAACUUUAGUAUCAACCAGCACUCAAACAGAGACAAGUACAGCGAUUGCUACCAUAACUAACACGAAGACAACAACAAACACAGCACUGACCACACAGACUCACACACAGACAGAUGUUGUCACCGCAACUUCAACCUUGACCACUACAAAUACACAAGUAGCCACCAGCACCCAUCACACCACAGAAACAAGCACAGCUGUAACAACAAGUCACCUGCCAGUAACCAGCACGAAGACUCUGACAGCUACAAGUACAAGGAUAGUAAACACUACUGACACUCAUACUUUAACUACUACAGAUGUGAUAAGAACAACAGAGACAAGUACAAACAUUGUGACGAGAACUGCAAACAAAACUAACACACACACCUUGACAACAACUAAAACAGACACAGUGACUAGCACAGGAAUUACAACAAGCACUUUACUUACCACAGCCACUGCAACAAACACAGUUAAUACCACUCAUCUUGCGACAAAAACAUUAACUGAAACUCUUACCACAGUAGCAACCCAAACUUCAACUUCAAUGUAUAAUGCAACAAAUGUUAUUACUGCUACAACAACAUCUACAGCCACAGCCACCAGUACUGCUGUUUUGACGGCAACAAGCACUGCUAAGACAACGGAAACACUGACGGCAACCAGUACAGCAGUUUUGACCCAAACUUUGACCAAUACUCACAACCAAACUUUAACACAAACUAAAACACUUACGGCAACCUCCACGAGUGUGGUGACCACUUGUAGCGCUAGUUGCUUAACUGUGGUACCUACUACCACUCCUUUGCCACCUACACCACCUACACCAAAACCACCAGUUUGCGAACAAGCGCUGGAUAUCGGUGUAAUCAUUGAUGCUUCUGAGAGUGUCAAACUACCUAAUUACAAGCUCUGUCUACAGUUUGUAGCUAACUUGACAGAACACUUUAAAGUGUCACAGAAGGGAACUCAUUUUGGAAGUAUAGUUUACAGCAGUGAUGCUGAACUGCAAUUCAGCUUUAAAGACAUUCAAUAUCACGACGCCGAAAGUCUAAAGAAAAAGAUAAAGAGUUUUCCUUACUUGAGAGAGGGAACAAGAACCGAUAUAGCACUUGAACUUGCGAACACCCUACUGUUUUCUGUGCAAGGAGGAGAUCGGUUUGACAAGCCUGAUGUCCUCAUUGUUAUCACAGAUGGGUUAACGGAUCCUGAAAGGAGUAAACCAUACCCAGUGGUCUUAAAACCUCUUGAGGAUAAGAAGGUUGUGGUGAUUGCAGUUGGAGUUGGAAAGGAAGUAAAUAAACCCGAGUUGACGUCUAUAGCUAUGGGUGAUGUUAAUCACGUUUUUAUGGUCGAUCAAUACACAGAUCUGGUCAAAAUCAUAAAUGCUCUUCUCGACAAAUCGUGCUCUGCUGCGACACAACCGAAAAUGGUACCGUCAAAGGCUGUUGCACUUGUCAAGAAUCAAGAACACUAUGAUGGUGAGUGUCCUGUGCAAUUCAUCAAAAAAGGUUGUUUCAACGCAAUAAAAAGUCAAAAGCCUUUGCCGAGAUUGAUGUUCACAGACCUCGACGCCAGAGACUCUAAAUUCAGUGGUGUUCCAAUAGACUGGGGAAGCUGGAACAGUUAUCUGCAGAACGUGGUUUGCCGAUGUGCUCAGGUUUCAAAAGCGGAAGGAUUCUAUUACUUCGGGGUUAAAAAUUUUGGUGAAUGUUGGUCUGGAGAAAAUUUAGACAUAACGUAUAGUAAAGACGAUUCGUCUGAAUUCUGCAUCUCGAAGGAAUUCGCUGAGUGUGAUACGAACGACAGGAAUGUUUGCGGCGGAAACGCGACUACCACAUAUAUUUACAGGAUGCCUAAAGAAAGUGAGGCCAAGCAAGGGAAACGUUGCUUCACAAAGUUCAAGAAUGUCGGCUGUUUUGCUGACAUGCAAACCUCUUCCAGGCCUAUACCAGAGCUUAUUUUUACUGACUUGGAUGAGAGCUCAACCAAAUACAGCGGCCAUAAAGCGCAACUAGGAGAACUCGACACUUACUUGAGUGACCUACUUUGUCGGUGUGCUGAACUUACUCAGGAGCUUGGGUACGAAUACUUUGGCUUGCAAAAUCACGGUGAGUGUUACUCGGGACCAAGUGUUCAGCAUACCUACAGCAAGGAUGGUUCAUCAAAAAAAUGCAUCACAAGAAAUUUCAAACAAUGCCCAGCAGGAAAAAAGUACGAAAAUAAAGACGGCCAGGACUACUGCGUGGGCGCACAAGGCGCUAAUUAUGUUUAUCGUGUCUAGGUCAGAUAUCUCGGACUACCUAACUGGCAGCUUUGAAGAAGACACAGUUAAGUUAUUUCAGUCGACUGAUCCAGAAUUUGACGAAGAUUACGAUCCUCGUGUUGUUCGUUAAGGCGCAAAAUUGAAUUUCUUGAUCUCAUGGAUUUACUAUGGUUACUUCUUUUAAAUCAGAAACCCUUCAUCUCAUUCUAAAAAACGAACAGCUGCUCGUUUCAGUUAUGAUGAAGAGAGUUACUUCUGUAAAUUAUUAUCCGACCUGACUAGAAUAAGGUGAAGUAAUGCUACGAUGAGUAUUAUCCAUCAGUACAUAUCUAAGGUUGUUUUAUGAAUUUCAACAGGAAAUCAUGCACGCUCAUUGUCAUGAAAAACAUAGGUCAGUGUUGCUGCCUGUGCAGCUAGAGUAACUGCAUACUCGAGAUCGAAGGUGUUCAGUUCAGUUACCAAGUGAAUUAGCCGUAAAUAGUAAGGCGAGAAGGGCGCUCGGCGUUUGGCGGCUGGUUAUCAAACUGUCGCCUUCUUUGACGAAAGAGAAAUGCCUCAAGUAAGUCGUCUGAAAUUAAUGAAAUUAUUUAUUCGCCUCCUACCUUCACCGCACACUUGAGCUAAUGCUUCAAUCCAAUAGUUUUUGCU